AUGUCCCACCCUCUCAUUGGCUGCGUUGGUGGUAGGUGCUGCGACAUCGGCUCCAGCACACAGCGGCCCACCGUACACCCGAACAAACCCUGGCCGGUCGUUACCCACGGGUCCAGUGAAAGCAGUGCCUCACCCCCGGAGUUUCUGAUUGGAACCCUCCGAGUAUGGCUGAAGAGAGACAGCGGUCAGUACUGGCCCAGCAUUUACCACACAAUGGCCUCUCCUUGCUCUGCUAUGGCUUACCAUCAUGAUAGUAGACGGAUAUUUGUGGGCCAGGAUAAUGGAGCCAUCAUGGAAUUUCAUGUUUCGGAAGAUUUUAAUAAGAUGAACUUUAUCAAGACCUACCCAGCUCAUCAGAACCGGGUGUCUGCCAUCAUCUUCAGCUUGGCUGCAGAGUGGGUCAUCAGCACCGGCCACGACAAGUGUGUCAGCUGGAUGUGCACGCGGAGUGGGAACAUGCUCGGGAGGCACUUCUUUGCCUCCUGGGCCUCGUGUUUACAAUACGAUUUUGAUACUCAGUAUGCUUUUGUCGGGGACUAUUCUGGACAGAUCACUCUGCUGAAGCUUGAGCAGAACACCUGUUCAGUUAUCACAACCCUCAAAGGACACGAAGGUAGUGUUGCCUGCCUCUGGUGGGACCCUAUGCAGCGGUUACUCUUCUCAGGAGCCUCUGACAACAGCAUCAUCAUGUGGGACAUCGGAGGAAGGAAAGGCCGGACACUACUGCUUCAGGGCCAUCAUGACAGGGUGCAGUCGCUGUGCUACCUUCAGCUCACGAGGCAGCUGGUCUCCUGCUCGUCUGACGGUGGAAUUGCCGUGUGGAACAUGGACGUUACCAGAGAAGAGGCUCCUCAAUGGUUGGAAAGUGAUUCUUGUCAGAAGUGUGAGCAGCCCUUCUUCUGGAACCUGAAGCAGAUGUGGGACACGAAAACUCUGGGACUAAGACAGCACCACUGCAGGAAGUGCGGGCAGGCCGUCUGCGGGAAGUGCAGCAGCAAGCGCUCCAGCUACCCCAUCAUGGGCUUCGAGUUCCAGGUCCGCGUGUGCGACUCCUGCUACGACUCCAUCAAGGACGAGGAUCGGACUUCGCUGGCAACCUUUCAUGAAGGAAAACAUAACAUUUCCCACAUGUCCAUGGACGUGGCUAGGGGACUCAUGGUGACCUGUGGGACCGAUCGCGUGAUCAAGAUAUGGGACAUGACGCCUGUGGUUGGUUGCAGUCUGGCAACGGGAUUCUCUCCACACUGA